GCCGACCUGUUGGCUCCAGAGCCGGCAGCUUUCCUCGGCGGCCAUGGCGGCGCUGUCACAGAGUUGGCUGGGCAACAGCUUGGUCUGCGUGGUGCUCUACGGUCUUUGGGGCUUCUUGGGGAAGUUGGCCUUGGUGAAGGGUCUCUCCAGCUCUCAGCAGGCGACGCUGGAGAAGCUGGGCUUCUUCCUUUGCAUGCCCCUGGUGAUGAGAGGCAGCCGCUCUGCGGCCGAGGUGGAGGGGCCAGCGCCCUCCUUCUCCACCUUCUCGGUCACCGCGCUGCGCAGCGGGGGGCUCUGGGCCAUGCUGAGCGGCGCCUGCGCGGCGCUGGCCUCGAAGUAUUACUCCCAGGCCAUGGCGCAGGGCCAGGCGGGCCCCGUGAGCGCCUUGACGGCCAGCUAUCCGCCCAUCACCAUGCUGCUGGCCGCGGCCUUCACCAAGGAGCGUAUCACCGGGCAGAAGUUGCUGGGGUCUCUCUUCACGCUGCUGGGUACCUUCUUCUUCGCUCGAUGAGACAAUUUCGCCGCCGCGGCGAGCGGCGGAACACGCCAUCCAGCCAGCACCGAGCUCUACCGAACGAGAAGAAGGACCACGCGCGCGCCUCCGCGCGCGCGAAGGUGAAGCAAGGGAGCUGCGGCUGGCAAGGUGUCGACCGCAUUGAUUCAAUUGAUUAGCGUAGCAUCAAGACUGCCGACGGGCG